UUGUCAGUCAUAACCAAUAUAGGAGACUGACUGAGCUGCAUUUCAAAAUCCUGUUGAUAAAGCUUCCAGACUACAUAAAAAUUGCCUAUCUUGUUACUGAAGAAAGUGACUGAAGAAAAAUAUUCUUAAAGAGAUUACUUACAAGGAGCUGGUAACCUCUAACCCUGGGGGAAAGGGCAGCGCUGUGAUGCUCUCCUGUACACUGUCACAUGGGCUGGGGCGGAUGUGGGACACAACAGGAAGUAAAUGCUGGUUCCUGGGUUAAGGAGAGUGAGGCUGGAGAAGAGCAAUCAGCUCCAGGGAGAGGUGCUGUCUGAGCCCGGAAGAGUUCACAGAAAGCUAUACGCAGCAAAUAUGUGAACAGCAGGAACAGAUAGAGUUUCAAAAAAGUAUGAUUACAAAACUUAAAUCACAGUUGGCUCCUGUGAAUGCUAACAGAGGUAGUGCACAUGGCCAUGUUCUGGUGCCUGAAGAUAGUGAAACCUGGAGAAAUGACACCUCCCCUAAUCUAACUUUUGAUCAGCUCCAUGAAAAACUGAAACUAGCAAUGCAAAGAGAGAAACUUUUAAAGGACCAGUUGGAAACAGAGAGCAUUAAAUUGAAGGAAACUGAGGAAGAAAACAUUCUAAAGGAAAAUAAACUUGUAUCUAUUAUUGCCGUUAAAGAAGAAGAAAUAAGGUUUCUAAAAAACAGAUUAAAAGAAAAAAGUGAAGCACAGGACUGCAUACAUAUGCCAAUGUAUGAAAUGGAGAUUAAACAUACGAAGAUUGCUCCAGCUAGACAGGAUUUAUCUCCAGGGAUCCCUGGUAUUUUAACUGUGCAUGAAAGGGAAGAUCUAGAGAUGGUUUUCCAGGAGAUGAAGGAAGAAUGUCAUCGAAUAUGCACAUUAGCAAGAAAGCAAACAGACCAACUCAGUAAACUUAACAUAAAGAGAGAACCUGUAAAUGAAAUUCCAUUUUCCAUGCCUAUUCAGUGUACUGAUAAAACUGAUGAACAAGCAGAAGAACUUUUAAAACCUCGGGUUAAAACAGAUAUAAAUAGAGGUGUAUCAUGCAUAACAUCUAUCACACCAAGAGGAGUGGGCCAAGAUGAGGAAGACAACUCUGUAGAAUCACUUUCUAAAUUUAGUGUCAAGUUUCCACCUACAGACAAUGACUCUACUUUCUUACAGAGCACUCCAGAUAAACCAACAGUUCCUUGUACUGCAAUAGCUGAAAAUAUGCUUCAAGAUCAUCAUUUUAACAUGGAUCAUGAAGACCAUGCUAUGAACCUGAGUAAAUUGGAAUGUAACACCUUUGAAACUCGUGGAGUUGACCACAUAACCUCAGCUAUGCAAAACCUAACUACACUUGACAAAACAAAACUCCCAAGCCAUACAGCCAUGCUCAAACAGAAUACUCAGGACAAAACACCAUAUUUGAAAACAGCAGACAUUGGUACCAAACUUGUACAUCCGUAUACAAAUCAAGAUGCUACUGAGGUAAAUUUUCCCUCUUCAGAGGCCACUAGGAGGGCUGUCAGAGGACCUCAGCAGCCCUUCUGGAAGCCAUCUCAAACUCAAGAUAAUAACUUACUGGCACAAGGUUAUACAGACUCAGAACUGAAGCAGUCUGGAAUAUGUGAAUUCUGUCAAAAAGUUUUCCCACCAUCUACUACAUCCAGGGGGGAUUUUCUCAGGCAUCUUAAUUCACACUUUAAAGAACAAUCAAUGUAUCCGGAAGCAAGCUGAAUAAGGCUUUGUAGAGAUACUGGGUUGCGCUUUUGUGUAUAUUUCAUUUUUAAUUCAAGUGUGUAUGUUAAUUUCAGAAUUAAGACUAUGUUCAUAAUGAUGUUACUGAAACUGUUUUUCAGUUAAGUUCAUUUCAAAUUUUACACAUUUAAAUUACCCAGUAGAAGACUGUAAUUCAGUUUCACUUCAGUAUGUCAUGUUGCAAUAUGAGCUUUAGGCGUGAUCCUACAAACCUUUUCUUACACAAGUUAUCUUCACCUGAGUAGUCCCACAAUAAUUAAUGACUACUUGUAUGAGUAAGGACUACUUGCAUGAGUAAAUGUUUGCAGAACUGGGCCUUUAAUUUGAGGAGAUAAAGUGUGAGAAGUCCUAUCAAUUUUUCCUCCUAUUUCCUCAUUGUUGUAAAUAGGAGCAGGAAUAGGCCCUCGGAACAUUUGAAGGGCUAGGGAGGAAUCUCCAAAUUUUACUUAAGACAGGUUCAGUGUUGUAUUUAUAUUGUAGAUAAGGUUCUUGUAAAAUCAGUAGAGCAACCAAGUAACAGGUACGUCAUACUUAAGAUACAUUUAUGUCUUGUGUUUCUUACAUCAGUGGCAGAGAUCAGUGUAAUCCACUGUAAAACUGUUUUAGUAAACAGAUUUGUCUCCGAUACAAAACAAUACUCACUCUCUGGCUAAAAUGAAGAUUGCAACGGUAUGUAUCUUUGGCAGAGGUGCACUAUUAAAUUGUUAAUGUAUAUUGUUAGCAUUCAUAAUUCAUGGAAAAUACUUAUUCCUCUGUGGGAGCGGAUACGUGCUUUUACAUACAGAGAAGAUGAGAUGAACCAGGUUACACUUCCCCCUAAAACUACAAGUUCAAAAGAUAAUUUAGCAUUUCUUGGGGUUCCCUACUGGAUGUUACUCAAACUCUAUGGAUUUUUUUUUUUAAAUGAACACAAGUCUUCAGACCAAAAUACAUAUCUCUCUUUUAAACUAGAAAUCACUUUUAAACUACAAUUUAAAUUUUGAUGGCUGUGUGUGUAUUUUAUGAGUGUUAGAUCAGCUAGCUUGCAUUUUGUUUUUAAACAGUUGAUGUGCAAUGAUCUCCUCCAGGAGAGCCUUCUGCACUUUGGACAGUUCCAGUCCAGACCUAAGUCGUAAUUAGCAUUAAUAUAUUUUCUGUAGCUACAGGUAAGCAUUGCGCUAACUUCUCUCUGUUCAAAGAUUUAUGGGCUGAUGGUAACCAUUUUACAAAGCUAAAGGGAAAUAUAAAUCUUGCAUCGUUUUCAGAAAUGGAUUUUUAAGUCAACUGGAGAAUACUCCUACACUAAACAUUUUUCUACAACUGUUUACUGUAGUUUUAAGUGCCUGCUGUGUAUGUGACUAGCUGUUGGCUGAUAAUGUACUGUAAUAAAGUGCAGGGUUCAAUGCUUGUCUGUUAA